CGUGUAAAUAGUCCUUUAGCAACGCCAUGUUUUGGAUGUAAAAGACAGCCAUAACCAAAGAGCUCAGGAAAUUCGCCUUUUCCUCCAGUAGAUUUGAUUUCCCGCUAUAAUAUCUCUGCCCCACUUCAGCAGGGAUAUAUUUUAGAUAACUGUGUAGUAUUUUGUGAGAUUUUUACUGAAAAAUGGCUGCUGCAGUAGCACAAAAAGGCGACGCAUCGAGAACUUACACUUUCGCAAGCCAACCUCGACCCGUUCAACAACGAAAGAAAUUCAGGGAUCCUCUUACUCAACAAAAUGAAGCAUCCAUGCCCUAUGGUAAUAUCAUGUACGACAGAAGAAUCGUGAGAGGCAACACAUAUGCUCAACGAACCCUCCCAGCGACUGCCCAACCAGACCCAAUUGAAAUACAAAAGCAACAAGAGGCAAGAAGGAGAGCAAUUGCCAGGAAACGAGCAAAGCAACAACUUCAACCACGCUCACCUGAACCAGUGGAAGGUCGCAAACACAUUGAUGUUCAGACAGAAUUGUACCUAGAGGAACUCAGUGAUCGUGUAGAGGAGGCAGAGGUUGAGACACAAACCGAUGCAUUUCUGGAUAGACCACCUUCGCCCCUCUUUAUCCCCGCUAAGACAGGGGUUGAUGUCGCUACACAGAUUCUUGAGGGCGAGCUUUUUGAUUUUGAUAUUGAAGUCAAGCCAAUCUUGGAAGUGCUUGUUGGUAAGACCGUAGAACAAGCUCUUCUAGAGGUCAUGGAAGAAGAAGAACUUUCAAAUCUCAGAGCCCAACAGAGACGAUUCGAAGAGCUUCGAAAUGCUGAACUUGUGGAAACACAAAGGUUGGAGGAACAGGAGAGGAGACACAGGGAAGAAAAAGAACGACGCAUGCGACAACAGGCACAGGUUUUAAAAAAGGAGAAAGAGACUGGAGAGAAAAUUGCAGCCCGGGCAUUUGCACAGAGUUAUUUGGCAGACCUUGUACCAUCAGUAUUUGGAUCACUCAACGAAAACGGCUACUUCUAUGAUCCCGUCGAAAGAGAUGUGGAAACUUAUUUCAUGCCUUGGCUGAUGGGACGAGUUGAUGUCAAUCUGAACAGAUCGUUGGUUGCAAGAACAGUUCUUGAUGCUAUUAUUCGGCAUGUUGUCACAAAACGUCAACAAGUGUAUGGGAAACUUGAUGAGGAACUUAGACUAUCUAUGGAGAAAGAAAUCAUGGCUCGUGCGGCUGAGCAGAAGAAAAAGAUAGAAGAAGCAACUCCAGCUCCACCACCAGAAGAACCCAAACAAGAAACACCAGUAGAGCCAACACCUGAAGUGCCGGCAGAAACCCCCAAGCCAGACGAAGACGAUACUGCAAAUGCAGAAGAGCCAGCACCAGAGGAGGAAGAAGAGACAUAAAUUCGUUCUUUUUUAUUUAUAGUGAGAAAUUCUCUAGUCUGUAAAUAAAUUUAACCAUGAAAUUUAAUUCACUUUUUGUUUAGAGCUGGUAUAAUUUGUCUUGAAGACAAAUUUUUUGGCUGAUAAUUCAGCAGACUUUAUCUGGUGAUGUGGACAAAUAACCCUAUUACCAGUAACCUUUUCUAAUUGUAUUUUGGUACAGACAUGUAAAUAUAUGAACUCCCUUACAUUUGCAUUAGAAGCUACUGUUAUACAGAGGGUAGAAAAAAAAGGAAUUGAUAAAAA